UAUGAUAUCUUUUUAUCUCUUGUUCUCAUUCACAUUUUUCAUAGGAGGCAAAGAGAGAGAGAGAGAGAAGACCAAAGGAGGGUAAGGAAAAACUUCAGCAGAGGAAUUCCUUGCAGAAGGGUGCAACUUUACUCCCUCUCUUUCUCUCUUGCUCUUUCUUGUCAGGGUUUGGUCAUAUAAGAAGCCAUGGCCAGUUUUGGAGGAACCACACAAAAGUGCAUGGCUUGUGCCAAAACUGUGUAUCUUGUUGAUAAGUUAACUGCAGAUAGCCGUGUCUAUCAUAAGGCUUGCUUCCGAUGCCACCAUUGCGGUAAUACCCUUAAGCUUAGCAACUACUGUUCUUUCGAGGGGGUGCUCUACUGCAGACCUCACUAUGAUCAACUCUACAAGCGAACUGGUAGCCUGGACAAAAGUUUUGAAGGAAUACCCAAAAUUCAGAAACCAGAGAAACCGGUCACUGGUAAUGAGCAGAAUACUAAGGUCCUCGCAAACGUGUUCUUGGGCACCAGAGACAAAUGUGUGUGUUGCAACAAGACAGUGUAUCCCACUGAGAGGGUUACGGUUAAUGGGACACCCUACCACAAGGGCUGCUUCAAGUGUACCUAUGGAGGUUGUACUGUAAGCUCAUCAAACUUUAUCACACACGAGGGAAAGCUCUACUGCAAACACCAUCACAUUCAACUUUUCAAAGAGAAAGGGAAUUACAGUCAGCUCGAGAAUGAAUGCUAGCUAGCAAUGUCGUAUACUACUACCAUGGAUAAUGCACCAUUGUCAGCAACGCAUAAUAUAUAGUGUUGUCCUUGUAAAAUGCAUGCAUUGAUGAGAUAGAAAGUUUGCUGUGUGUGUGUGUGCGCAUUUUGAUUCUUGAGAAUGCUUUCAGCAGUUUCAUUUUAACAAAGAA